AGGGGGGGGAGGGGAGGCCGGAAACUGAAACCGGAGCGAAUACGCUUCCGUUUCUGGUUUUCCUCCAGUGUUUGGGUUUCUUCGCCGCCAGCCAAGAUGAACCGAUUCUUCGGAAAAGCGAAACCUAAGGCUCCGCCGCCUAGCCUGACUGACUGCAUUGGGACAGUGGAUAGCAGGGCAGAAUCCAUUGACAAAAAGAUUUCCCGGUUGGAUGCUGAGCUAGUGAAAUAUAAGGACCAAAUGAAGAAGAUGAGAGAGGGUCCUGCCAAGAACAUGGUCAAACAGAAAGCCCUGAGGGUUUUAAAGCAAAAGCGAAUGUAUGAGCAGCAGCGAGACAACCUUGCCCAGCAGUCCUUCAACAUGGAGCAGGCUAACUACACCAUUCAGUCUCUGAAGGACACCAGGACCACGGUGGAUGCCAUGAAACUGGGAGUAAAGGAAAUGAAGAAGGCAUACAAGCAAGUCAAAAUUGAACAGAUUGAGGAUUUACAAGACCAGCUGGAAGAUAUGAUGGAGGACGCAAAUGAAAUCCAGGAAGCCCUGAGUCGCAGCUAUGGCACCCCAGAGUUAGACGAGGACGACCUGGAAGCGGAGUUGGAUGCACUGGGCGAUGAGCUUCUGGCUGAUGAAGAUAGUUCCUACUUAGAUGAAGCAGCCUCUGCGCCUGCAAUUCCAGAAGGCGUUCCCACUGACACAAAGAACAAGGACGGCGUGCUGGUGGAUGAGUUCGGACUACCGCAGAUUCCAGCCUCCUAGACUGCAGCAUUCCAGCACAUGAGACAAAACUACGGAUUCUGGGACUAGGAGAUAUUUCCCAAUUUGCCAAACAGAUUUAGAUUUCUUUCCUUUCUUUGAAGGAAAAGCUGAUUGCACCGUUCCUGUAUCUUAUUUUUUUCCGUUAAGAGAGUCAUUGCUUGGGGGAAGCUGUCUUUUACUAAAAUUUAAUUCUUUUUCUUUUUCCUUAGGAAAGACUAACUGAAAAGUCUUUGACUUUGUAUGUCCUGUUUUCAUCAUUAAUAAUUUGGAAUAAACAAGGGGGUGAGACUAAACUUUAUGGUAGUGUAAGUGCAGUCUCAGUGUGACGAUACAUUGAUAAGGUAGUGAUUAUUGAUGAGAUUGAGACUGUCAGUAGUGUGCUUCAGAACCAUUGUCUGUGGUGUCAUAGGUGGUUUGAGUGACGGGUGUCUGAUAGGUCUUGCUGUGUCACGUGACAAGUCAUUACUCUGUCCAACAUUGGAAUGAACUGCCACUACUGGAUCAUGAGUUGCUAGUUUGAUCCCAUGGUUCCCUCAGUAUUAUAGCCUGACUUGUAAUGAAUAAUGGAUAUUUCUUGAUAUUUAAUGUAUAGGACAUUUAUUUAUACUCAAUAAAUAUUUUU